AAGAAGAGGAAGAGUUGAGUUAUGAUGAGCAACUAGAAGAAGAAGAAGAAUUGAAUUAUAACAAACAACUAGAAAAAGAGGAGGAGUUUGAUUAUGAAGAACAAUUUGAAGAAGAGGAGUUGAGUUAUGAUGAACAACUUGAAGAAGAAGAGGAGUUUGGUUACGAAGAACAACUUGAAGAAGAGGAGUUGAGUUAUGACAAACAACUUGAAGAAGAGGAGGAGUUUAGUUACGAAAAACAACUUGAAGAAGAG